CCGGCGAGCGGCUCGCCGGCCCGCCGGUGCGAUGCUGCUGCCGCUCGCCGUGCUGCCCUGCGCCUUGGUCCUGCUGCGAGCCGCAGCCGCGCUCCAAGUGGACAUCGUUCCAAGCCAGGGGGAGAUCAGCGUUGGAGAGUCCAAGUUCUUCUUAUGCCAAGUGGCAGGGGAGGCCAAGUUCAAGGACAUCUCGUGGUUCUCCCCGAACGGGGAGCGGCUGACCCCGAACCAGCAGCGCAUCUCGGUGGUGCGCAACGAUGACUUCUCCUCCACCCUCACCAUCUACAACGCCAACAUCGACGACGCCGGCAUCUACAAGUGCGUGGUCAGCAGCCUGGAGGAGGGGGACUCCGAGGCCACCGUCAACGUCAAGAUCUUCCAAAAGCUGAUGUUCAAGAACGCUCCCACCCCUCAGGAAUUCAAGGAAGGGGACGACGCUGUGAUCGUGUGUGACGUGGUCAGCUCGCUGCCCCCCACCAUCAUCUGGAAGCACAAAGGCAGGGAUGUCAUCCUAAAAAAGGAUGUGCGGUUCAUCGUCCUGUCCAACAACUACCUGCAGAUCCGGGGCAUCAAGAAGACGGAUGAGGGCACCUACAGGUGUGAGGGGAGGAUCCUGGCCCGUGGGGAGAUCAACUUCAAAGACAUCCAGGUCAUCGUCAACGUGCCUCCCUCGGUGCGUGCCAGGCAGAGCUCCGUGAACGCCACGGCCAACCUCAGCCAGUCCGUCACGCUGGCCUGUGACGCCGACGGCUUUCCCGAGCCCACCGUCACCUGGACCAAGGAUGGAGAACCCGUGGAGGAGGUGGAGGACGAGGACAAAUACAGCUUCAACUACGAUGGCUCCGAGCUGGUCAUCCACAGGGUGGACAAGAGCGACGAGGCCGAGUACAUCUGCAUCGCUGAGAACAAGGCUGGCGAGGCCGACGCCACCAUCCACCUCAAAGUCUUUGCCAAACCCAAAAUCACCUACGUGGAGAACAAGACAGCCAUGGAGCUGGAGGAUCAGAUCACGCUGACCUGCGAGGCCUCAGGGGACCCCAUCCCCUCCAUCACCUGGAGAACCUCCACGCGGAACAUCAGCAACGAGGAGAAGGCUUCGUGGACCCGGCCCGAGAAACAAGAGACGCUGGACGGGCGGAUCGUGGUGCGCAGCCACGCGCGCGUGUCCUCGCUCACGCUCAAGGACAUCCAGUACACGGACGCGGGCGAGUACGUGUGCACGGCCAGCAACACCAUCGGCCAGGACUCGCAGGCCAUGUACCUGGAGGUGCAGUAUGCCCCCAAGCUCCAGGGCCCCGUGGCCGUGUACACGUGGGAAGGAAACCAAGUGAACAUCACCUGCGAGGUGUUUGCCUACCCCAGUGCUGUCAUCUCCUGGUUCCGGGACGGGCAGCUCCUGCCCAGCUCCAACUACAGCAACAUCAAGAUCUACAAUACCCCCUCAGCAAGUUACCUGGAGGUGACCCCGGACUCAGAGAAUGACUUUGGGAACUACAACUGCACGGCCGUGAACCGCAUCGGGCAGGAGUCCUCCGAGUUCAUCCUGGUGCAGGCAGACACGCCGUCCUCGCCCUCCAUCGGCAGGGUGGAGCCCUACUCCAGCAGUGCCCAGGUGGAGUUCGACGAGCCCGAGGCCACGGGCGGGGUGCCCAUCCUCAGGUACAAGGCGGAGUGGAGGGCCCUGGGCGAGGGCGACUGGCACUCCAGGCUCUACGAUGCCAAGGAAGCCAACGUGGAGGGGACGGUGACCAUCACGGGGCUGAAGCCCGAGACCACCUAUGCGGUGAGGCUGUCAGCAGUCAACGGCAAGGGCGUGGGGGAGCUCAGCCCGCCCGCGGAGUUCAAGACACAGCCAGUUCGCAUCCCUCACCCACCCAGUGCUGCUGCCCCCAGCUCCCGUUUAGCAGACAAAGGGGAACCCAGUGCCCCCAAGCUGGAAGGUCACAUAGGAGAAGACGGCAACUCCAUCAAGGUGAACGUCAUCAAGCAGGACGACGGCGGCUCCCCGAUCAGGCACUACCUGAUCAAGUACAAGGCUAAGCACUCCUCGGAGUGGAAGCCCGAGAUCCGGCUGCCGUCGGGCAGUGACCACGUGAUGCUGAAGUCCCUGGACUGGAACGCCGACUACGAGGUGUACGUGGUGGCCGAGAACCAGCAGGGCAAGUCCAAGCCUGCCCACUACGCCUUCCGCACCUCCGCCCAGCCCACCGUCAUCCCAGCCAGCACCAGCCCUACCUCGGGCCUGGGCACUGCUGCCAUCAUUGGCAUCCUCGUGGUGGUCUUCGUGGCGCUGCUGGUGGCCGUGGAUGUCACCUGCUACUUCCUGAACAAGUGCGGGCUGCUGAUGUGCAUCGCCGUCAACCUGUGCGGCAAAUCCGGCCCGGGGGCCAAGGGCAAGGACAUGGAGGAGGGGAACGCGGCCUUCUCGAAGGAUGAGUCCAAGGAGCCCAUCGUGGAGGUGCGGACGGAGGAGGAGAGGACCCCCAACCACGACGGGGGGAAGCACACGGAGCCCAACGAGACCACCCCGCUGACAGAGCCAGAGCACCCCGCCGACACCGCGGCCACCGUGGAGGACAUGCUGCCUUCUGUCACCACGGGCACCACUAACUCUGACACUAUCACUGAAACCUUUGCCACUGCCCAGAACAGCCCCACCAGCGAGACCACCACGCUGACCUCCAGCAUUGCCCCGCCGGCCGCGGCCGCUCCCGACGCCAACGCCGCCGCCCCCGGCCAGGCCACCCCGGCCAAAGGCGCGGCCACCGCCUCGGCGUCGCCGCCGCCGCCCUCCUCCACCCCCAAAGUGGCCCCUCUCGUCGAUCUCAGCGAUACCCCCAGCUCCGCUCCGGCCGCCAAUAAUUUAUCUUCAAGUGUCCUGCCGGGGCCGGCCGUGCUCAGCCCCAGCGCCGCCGCGGCCGACGCCGCCAAAGCCGGGAGCAAGCCGGCCGCCCCCAGCCCUGCCAACCUCACGAGCCCUCCGGCUCCCUCGGAGCCCAAGCAGGAGGCGGCCAAGAGCCCCGAGAAGGAGCCCGUGCAGCCCGGCGCGGUGAAGAGCCCGGCGGAGACCCCCAAGAACCCGAGCAACGCGAAGAGCGAGGCUGCCUCGGGCAGCGCCGCCAACCCCUCGCAGAACGAGGACUUUAAAAUGGACGAAGGGACCUUCAAGCCACCAGACAUUGACCUUGCAAAGGAUGUUUUUGCGGCUCUUGGCACUGCUGCUCCUCCUGCCGCCGGCGGGGCUGGCGGGCAAGCCCCCGAGCCUGCUGCCGCCGCCGCGGACGGCUCUGCCCCCGCAAAGACCGAGAAAAUGCCAGCAGAGGACAAAGGCGCCGUGCAGGACAGGAAGAGCCCCCCGGCAGAGGUGAAGACGGUGCCCAACGAAGCCACACAAACAAACGAGAACGAGAGCAAAGCAUGAUCAGCACCGGCAGAGGGGACGGCAGAAACCUUCACCCGAGCAUUGAAAUCACAACCCACACACCCAUCUCAUUCCUCUAGUGUCUGUUGCCUUUUUUUAAAAAAGAAAAAAACGAACCAACCAACCAGAAAAAUGCAUAAAUGGGGGAGGGAGGGAGGGAGGGAGGGAAUGUCUCUUUUUUCCUUUUUUUUUUUUUUUUUUCCCUCUCUUUUUGGGUUGUUUUUUUUUUUUUUUCGGUUUUGAUUUCUGGUUUUUUUUUGUUUUCUUUGAGAUUUCUAGACAGGUUCUAUUCGUUGUGCACUUGCUUUUAAAAAGUAAAACAUGUUAAAAAACAGGGUUAAACCCGUCACCAAAUCAGGGCUCAGCUGGCCCUGUGUAUGUUCAAACCAAGCAGACGUUGCAAUGCUGGUUGCAGCGUGGUUGGGAAGCUCAAAAUCCAGUAGUCCUAGACAAAAAAAAAAAAAACAAAAACACAAAAAAAAGACAAAAAAAAAAAAAAAAAAGAAAAGAGACCCUGUUGUUUCCUUUGUUAGUAUAGCAGAGAUAACCACUGUGCUGCUGGGCACAGCUGGUGCUUAAAGAACAAAGUCCACAAUUUAUUUUUAUACUUUUCAGUCGAGUUUGAGAUAUGUAAAGCCUCAUAAAUAAGUUAUAAUUUCCGUUCACCUUGUAUCUGGUCAGUAUGCAAAGUGUCUCGAGCUCUUUGUGACUGAAUAAUCCUGCUCGCCACGUUAGACCUUUAUUUGGGGUUUAUUAUUAUCUGGGGUUUUUUUUUUAGGAAGAAUGCCAAAAUUGCAGCUCUGGGGGAUGUGUUUCAAUUUGCAGUAUUCAGACUCCACAUUUCUUUUUUUCAAUUUUACGUUCAAUUUUUCCUUUUUUUUUUUUUUUUUUUUUUUUUGCCAACUUCCGUUCUUUCCAGUGUUUACAAUUGACAGAUAUUUUUUAAACUUUUGUUGUGUUGAAACGGAUGUGUAAAAUAGCUGCCUUUUUUUCUUCUUCUUUUUUUUUUUUUUUUUUUCUUUUCUUUUUUGGUUUUCAGUCAAUUCCAGUCCUGUUAGACACUAGGGUAGCAGCAUGCUUGCUUUGCAAAGGGAGACAUUUUUCAACCAUGGAUGUUUACAGUAGUCGUUUCCCCUUUUCUCUUUUCUUAAUUAUUGUUAUUAUUAUUAUUAUUGUUAUUAUUAUUAUUAUUAUUUCUUACUGGAGUAAGAAGAAAAGCGAUGCUGGGGUUCGGUUUGGGGUUUUUUUUGGGGGGUGGGGGUGUUCAAAAACCACUUGCCACCAGUCAAGGGCUUUACCCAGCAAUGCCCAAACCUGCUUGGGGUGAGGGAAUUGCUGGAGAAAAUCCUUCUGUGCUUAAAUUUAGUUCAAAGUCCCUCGCUGGACCUGGGCCUGACUGCAUAAGAGAAAUAUCAUCUCUGCUUUUUUAGGACAUUCUCCCCUUUCCUUCACGGAACCCUCCCGGGGCUCUGAGGAGCACAAGGGAGGUUGGACAGUUUGGGCUGGUCUGGGCUCAGGUGUGUGGCCAAAUCAAUCCCUCCUGAUCGCGGCAGAGAAUGCCAAGUUCAGUAAAUUCCAAUCUCAGAAAAUGCCAAGUUCAGAAAAUCCCUAUUUCGGUAAACACCAAUUUCAGUAAAUUCCAAUUUCAGCAAAUACCAAUUUCAGUAAAUUCCAAUUUCAGUAAAUUCCAAUUUCUGCAAAUACCAAUUUCAGUAAAUUCCAAUUUCAGUAAAUUCCAAUUUCAGUAAAUUCCAAUUUCUGCAAAUACCAAUUUCAGUAAAUUCCAAUUUCAGUAAAUUCCAAUUUCAGAAAAUUCCAAUUUCAGAAAAUUCCAAUUUCACCUAAUUCCAGGUUUAGAAAAUACCAGUUUUGGUAAAUACCAAUUUUAGUAAACACCAAUUUCAGUAAAUUCCAAUUUCAGCAAAUUCCAGGUUUAGAAAAUACCAGUUUUGGUAAAAACACCAAUUUCAGAAAAUGUUAAUUUCAGAAAAUCCCAAUUUCAGUCAAUUCCAGCUUCAGAAAAUACCAAUUUCAGUAAACACCAAUUUCAGGAAAAAAAGCAAUUUCAGGAAAAAAGCAAUUUCAGAAAAUCCCAAUUUCAGUACACACCAAUUUCAGUCAAUUCCGGUAUCAGUCAAAUUAUUAUGGAGGGGAGAGCUGAUUGAUGGGAUUCAUUAUCAGAAAUCAUGGAGCAACACUGAGAUUUUGGGUUGGAGCGCUGAUUAAUGGGAUUUAUUAUCAGGAAUCAUGGAACAACACUGAGAUUUGGGGGUGAAAAGGAGCCUUGAGCAGAAGGAGUGUAGGGAGAGACCAGCCCAUUGUAUAGAGAUGUUCCUCCUGUUGGGGUUUUGGGUAUUAUUUCCUUUUUUUUUUUUUAAAUUUUAUUUUAAUUUUAUUUUCCCUUUUAUUUUCCUUUUUUAUUUUUUUUUUCCAAAUUCUACUUUAGAUCUGCAAGCUUGUGCACUGUGGGUGCGUGACUAUUUUAGUGUGAACCGUGUUUUUUGUCAUAGUAUUGAAAUAAUAAAAGCUUCAACAUAGUUUGGAUGUGGAA